AUGAGUUUUAAAUCAGCUUCACUAAAAAGUCGUACAGAGUAGUUUCUAUUUAGAGCUCUUCAUGAAGGAUACCUAGACCAUUUAAAGCAAAGUCCUCUAGUCGGUAUUGAUGCAUUUGUCCAAGAGGUAGAUUCUUGGAUAACAAAAGACGAAUUUCAUCAAGACUCAAAAACCAUCACAAAUACCCCUCUGCUAAUUUCUGGCGAUUCAGGGUGCGGAAAAAGUUCUUUUAUCGCAAAAUGAAUAGAAUUCCAUACAAGGUCUCAUAAAAAAGAUAAUGAUUACUUACUAGUGCAUUUCUCAAAACUAUCUCCUAGUGACUCUGCUUAUUUUGUUACUUUAUAUAGGCUUUACAACGAAAUUCGAGUACUUUUUAUAUAGAAAGCUUAUAACAUUCCUCAAAAAGUCGAAAUUAUAGAGGACAAAUUAAGGAUUUAUUUUUCCUUAUGAUUAGAAAAUGCUGACUCAAGGCAACAAGAGUCUCAAAUUAUGAGGAAAAGUAUAGUCGUUAUUAUUGACGGAGUCGAUAAAUACAGGGACAGCAAUAAUAAAGAAGAAGCCCCAAAUUGGCUCCCUACAAAUGUCCCAGGGUCUGUCAAAUUAAUUUACACAUGUGAUAAUGACACAAGGGCUUUUCAUCAUUUACUCCAAAAAUCAGGGUAUCAUUUGCACCUGCAGCCGUUUGACUUAAAUAAAAGAAAAGAAAUGAUUAACCAGUAUAUUAAUGCACUUGAUGAAGAUUUAUUUCAAAAAUACCAGCCAACUAUAGCUGAACUCAGGCUGCAUAUAGCUCAUGAAUGCUGUGGGAAUCCGCUUUUUAUGAAGCUUUUGCUUAAUUUUACGAUGCCAAAAGAAGAAAAUGUGCAUCCUUUUAGAUAUGAUAGUAUUUUGGAAGUCAACACAAAAGAAAGGCUUUUUGAGAAAAUUGUAGAAUUUAAUGAUACUUAUAAUUUUAAGGAUAGGGCGCUGCUUAAUGUUUUAGCACAAAUUGCUUUAAGCAGAACAGGGUUGUCUGAGGAUGAGCUUAUUCUUCUCUUUUGUAAUAGAGCUUUUGUCGUCUUUAUAAAGGAUAAAGUUAAAAAAUCUGAUAUAUUAAUUUAUUUUAAAAAUUUGUUCAAUAUAAUAUAAUUUCUAUAUAAAUUCCUAGGUAUUUGAUUUGAGGCAGGGUAAGAGCGGGUUUCAUGUUUCCAUAUAGGGUUAAUUUUCUCAAUUUUUAAUAUGAUUUUCAAUGGAUUAUUUCGAUCAAAGAUGGAGGAGUUAGUAAAAUUGGGAAAUCACAUAAGACAGUCAAAAAAAUAUUAGCAGUUUUCAAAUCCUGCUUAGUAUGCUAUGACGGUUUUUAUAUUUUUUCUAAUGAUAUUUACAGAAAAGUGAUUUUAUCAAGAUAUGUUCCUCUUCCCAAGCAUUUUCACACAGAAAUAAUCGAAAUCCUUGAUAAAGAAUCAAUUACUCUUCGAAACUCUGAUGAGCUUUUAUAUCAUUUAUAUGAGUGUGAAGACUGAAUGAAGCUUAAAGACCUUUUAUCAGAUUUAGAGGUCUUUUCAAUAAUGUUUACCCCAGACUACCGGCUUUCUUUAUAUUUUUAUUGGUUAAAGCUAGAAAGGCAGCACUUCGACCCAGUCGUCGAAUACAAUAAAAGCCUAGAACAUUUUGUCGUCCAAUACUCCCCAAGUAACCAAGACCUAUUUGUCCUUCUCCUUCAAUUUUGUCGCUUUUUUAAAGAAUUCGCUGAUUUAGAGACUUCAGACUGUUGUGAGUUCCGGCAUCCUCACUUAAAAGGCUAUUACGAGCUUAAAGAAAUCAAUCUUUUAAAUGAGAUUGAAAAUUUAAAUGGCCUAUUUUUCCCCACACAGCAGCCUCCAUUAAAAGAUGACGAAAAUUUUGCAGUCGAAAACAAAGGAUUUAGGCAGCAGUUAAAAGAAAAAAUUUUAAAUGAGCCUCAUGAGCUGAGAUUCCAAAGGAGAAAACUGGAAUAUUAUUACUAUAAAAGGUGGCUUUGAAUACAAUUUCCUUGAUGCGGAUUAGAUGUAUAUUCAGAUUUAUCACAAAUUAUGAAGAUGUUCAGUAGUGAUAAUCAUGCAAUUACGUGCCAAAAUGAAUAUGAUAUGGCUAUUUCGUCAUUAAGGAUACUAAAAGAGUCAAAAUUAAAACCUAACUCCCCCCCCCUCCGUGAGUGAACAAAACCAUUAGAAAAAUCGCUAUUUUUUGCCCAAAAACCCACCCUCCGUGAGUGAACAAAAAUUUUUUAAUAGAAAAAUUUUUUAUGGAAAAAAAUUUGAUAUAUAAAUGAUAAAUUAUAUUAUAAUGAAAUCUAGAGCUAAUUCUGUUUAUUUUUAAACGAAUUGCUUUUUAAAACCUAAAUUUUGCAAAUUGAAUUAAUAUCUGCUUUCCAAUUUUUGCGAAUUAGGAUUUUUUUAAAUUUCGAAAAAAAAUAUUUUUUAUAAAAUUUAUAUAUAAAUUUUUUUAAAACAAAAAAAUUAACCCCCUCCGUGAGUGAACAAAAUUUUUUUGUUCACUCACGGAGGGGGGGGAGUAAGUAAACGAUAUCAGCCACUAAGCAAGCAAGCCACAAAUAAAUCUCUACCAAAAGAUUCACCAAAAAGUAUGACUGUUAAAGCUUAUGCAAAAGCUGCAGGGAUUUUCCCAGAAAUCAGCCAGGCGAAUUUAAAUAGCACGCUUAAUGCGCUAUCUCUAACAGACGACAUUUCGAUACCUAAAAGUAUGUCUCGCCAUAGCUCUGCAGGUCGCAUAAAGCAUCACAAAGUUUCUUCUGAGUACAAUUUUGACCUUUCUUUUAAAGACCUGACCCCUUCUAAUAUCCUUGUAAAAUUAGGCAAUAAGGUCUCAAAUUAUUCCAAUCAUGAAAUCCAAAGGAAAAAAAAAGAAAAUUAUGAGCUUCAAAAAUAUUAUAAUAAGCUAGUUAAUGAAGUCAGAAUGAAAAAAAUCAAGCUGGAAGGCCUUAAAAGCCAAAUCGCAAAAUCUGAAGACAAAAUUAAAGAAGGCGAAGAAGUCAAAGCAAAAAUUGCCAGCAUGCAGAAAAAAAUGGCCACAAUAUUUGAAAAAAUUAACCGCACCGAAGUCGAGUGCAGGAGACUUGAACAAGUGGUAACAUCCUGCUUUAAAAACCCAGCUAAAAACGACGUAUGAGAAAGAGGCUUAGAAAAAGGCAUAGAAAAUAUGAAAGCUCUUAUACAGCUUGAAGAGGUUGAAACCAAAGAAUAUGAGCAUGAAAUAGAAACCCUGGAAAACAGGUAUAUGCAAUUUGAUCGGUUUUUUGCUAGUGUGACAUGAUACAUUUUCCGGGAAAAACCGUCAAAUUUUGACCAAUGUACCGAGGAAAUUUCUCAUAGCAAGUAAAAAAGCAUGUACCAUGGAAAACCAAAUAGACGAGUUUCAGCUCUGAUAUAAAGACAAAGUCACCUUCCAAAGCCACACCAUUGACAGAGUCGCUGAACAAUUCAUGCUAAAAACGAAUGUGCAAGAAACCCUCCAAAUGGGCGAAAAAAAAAGAAAUGAAAUAAUUUCGAACUCAAUGUUACCAAAACAUGAAGGAUAUUAUAAAAUCAAGCUAAGGCAAAGACAGUCAAUGCUGAAAAAAAUUUCACGGCUAAAGUCAAUAUUGGAGUCAAAACUAGGAGAAUUUGAAACACUAAUAGAAAGGCUUCAACAUGUCGUAAAUAUUCAUGGCCCACAGGAUUUAACAUCAGUGAUUUUGCAGUUAGAAAGAAAUGAAGAGCUUUAUCAGUCAAGAUUUAACGUCGAAGAAAAAUUAGAUGAGCUUCAAGGACAAAAAGAAGCCUUAGAAGCCAAGCUGAAUUUUUUACAAAAAAAAGAAGAGCAGCAAGAAGAUAAGCAUAUUAGAGACAACAUUGAAGAACUAAAUGCAGCCGUCAUGGAAGCUGAAAAGAAGCUAAAUCACUUUAUAGAAGCCAACCAAAGGCAAGAAAUCGUUUAUAUCACCUGCAAAGGCACUUUUGAGCAUAUUUGAAGAACUUUAAAAAUCAAAGAAAAUAUUGAAUUUACCCCUGAAAACCAUUUAAAAAUUGCUCAAAUUGUAGGAGAUAAAGUAAUAGAGGUCAUAAACCAAAUCCAAAACCGCGUCCUUACCAGCUCUUCAAAUAUCCAAUGCUCUGAUCUAGACUUAACCCCAGGCUUAGCCAGCUCUACUAUGAAUAAUACAGAAGAGCACACCCCAGUCCAUUAUGAAAAAUCUUUAGAUGAGCCUUCUCCUAUCUCAAAUAAAAGAAGAAAAAAACAAUUAAUAAAGCCUGGAAACAGAAAAAAACUGUAA